AUGGAUAGCCAAAAGAAUCAUUUGCGGCAUGUUAUGCUUCAUUGCUUUGAAAAAGGUAGUAAUGUAAAGAACACUGCAGAUGAGAUUUGCACCAUUUAUGGGAGAGGUACUACGACUAUUAGAAACGUCCACAAUUGGUUUACGAAAUUUAGAUCUGGCAAUUUUUAUUUGAAAGAUGAAAACCGCCGCGGCCGCCCAGCAACGACGGAUACGGACCUCAUCAAGAGUAUGCUCUCUGAAAAUCCACGAUAUGGUGUGCGCGAGAUAGUGAAUACCACUAAAAUUCCUAGGACAAUGGUGCAUAAUCAACAACAUGAAAAAAAUUCUUUUUUAAAGAGACUUGCUACUGGAAACGCGACUUGGAUUUUAUAUCAAAAUGUGCUUCAAAAACGCACUUAG